AUGCUGUAGUAAUAUCAACCUCUAAGUCAAUUAAUGGCAUAAAGAAUAAAUAAGAGGUUAUCAUUCGAGAACCAAUUAAAGAAAUUUUAUAAGUUUCUCAAAAUAAGAGAUUGCUAAUCUGACGACAUGGUGCUGUAAAACGCAAGCAGUAAAAUGAAAUUAAAUAUAGUCUCGUCCAUUUCCCAGGAGAAUCUGUUUAUAUAGCGAAAUCCAUUGACAAUUCAGGCUAUAAGCUUAAUAUAGGUAGUGUUGACGUUAUUUUAGUGAAUAGACUAAUCCUCAAAUCUAAUUCAGGCGUUUCUAUGUAUGCGAAUUUCAAUUAACUGGUUUGUCUCAUUACAGAAAUUAAAAAAGAUUGAAAUGUGUCCAGCUUGUUAAAUUGAAUGCUCUUUGCAAUUGAUUAAUGCUAAGCAUCGAGAAAUUGUUAUUACACUCUCAAUCACAGAAAAUUUAGUGAAUUCAUCAAACUAUGCGAGAAUAUUUCCAAGCUUCUAAGGCCGACAUUUGAAAUUAUACAUGUUACAGUAAAAUACCAAUAGUAUUAGUUCUUAUAACUCUAUUAGCAGUGUUUCCAUUUGAUAAUUUAGAACUAAUUGAAUAGCCUGAAAAUUGGGAGCUGUUAGCCUUUUACCCUUUGAGAAUAAAAUCAAAUAGAGAGGACACUUUCAAUAACGUCAAUUUGAAAAGUAUGGUUAAUAGCUGA